GGGCUGUAGAGAGACAGAAGAGUUCACAGCUCGCUGGACAUGAGGGCGCUGACCCUGUGUCUCCUCUUGCUGGCUGCUGCCCAGGCUCAAGUAUCCUCGGGCUUGCGUUGUUACCAUUGCGAGAGUCACGGGGAGUGCACGAUCGAGACGUGCCUCCCAGGGCAGGAGUUGUGCCGAACCACCGUAUACUAUAACCGCUGGAAAGGAGGCCAGGAGCUGGAGGUGGUGGUGAGGGGCUGUGCUGUGACCGGGAAAGACAACAGCUCCAUGUCCUACCGAACAAGCCAGGAGAUAAUCAUGCUGAAGGAGACCGUGUGUGACUUUGACCUCUGCAACCACCCAGAUGCCCGUCCCUCCCCUACUUUCCCUGGGGCUCGGCGCCUUGAGUGUGAAUCCUGUGCUUCCUCUGACCAGAGCUGUGAACGAGGCCGGACCCUGACCCUUCGCUGCCCAGACCCCACAGACCAGUGCUUGGAGCGGAUCACACAAAGCGGCCCUGAAGCGGGCCCUUUGGACGAGCGCUAUGUUCGCGGCUGUGGGAGUUUUCCUGACUGCCCAGGUCCUACAGGCUUCCACAACAAUGACACUUUUCUCUUCCUGAGAUGCUGCAACCACAGCCAGUGUAUCAGUGGCCCAGUGAUGAAACUCUCAGACCUUCCCCUCAAUGAACUUCAGUGUCACAGCUGUGAGGGCAAUGGGACCCAUGGCUGCUCCCCAGAAGAGACAGCCGUCACUGCCUGUCGGGGCCCCAUGAAUAGGUGCUUUGAAGCCACAGGCACUCACCAACACUGGGGUCCUGGCUACACUGUCCGAGGCUGUGUGGCCCCCACCUGGUGCGAGACCCCGCAUCUGACUGCCACCUUUUUCGAUCUGACCGAGCCAGAAAUCUUCUGCUGCUACAGCAAUGAGUGCAAUGAAGCGACUCGAGAUGCCAAACCCCGAAAAAAUGGGGCAGGACUCAGUCUUCUCCCUGGCCCUCUCACCCUCAGCCUGUUUCUGAUGCUGGUGACCAUGAACUUGAUCCCUGCCAAGGUUGCCUGAUCCAGCCCCAUCCUGCUCCCCACCCCACCUUCCCAUCAUAAUUUAAUAUUUUAUAUGUGACAGAAGGUUUUGUAUGGAUUGUAGAGUCUAAACCCCCUCAUCUGCCUUCAGUCCUAGCCCUGUCUAGAUAAAAGGCCAGGGCCCAGAGAAGAGGAAAAAGACUGGAUGGGGCCUAGAGUGCUAGAAUCAGGUCUGCCUGGUGGUCCUUAAUGGGCUCUCCCUGAGGCUGGCUCUAUCCCUUCCAAGGGCACUACCCCUCCGAAAUGGAGCGUGAUGCUUGGAAGAGAGAGGACUACAUUUCCCACGAUGCCUCGGGAAAUGAGGCCCAGACUGCACCUUCCAUGAAUCAGUGGUGAAGGACUAGGACUACACCUCCCAUGAUGCUCUGGGAGAGGACUCCCCCUUGCAAGGAACUUCAAUAUCUUAGCUUUUUAAGGGACCUUUCAGAAGCCCUGUCAUCCAACCUAUUCUUGAACAAGAGUAGUAUCCAACGAGUGACCAUCCAGCUCAACCUUUGUUUGACUGCACCCAUUUAGACCCAACCUCCUGCCUUUCAAGGCACACAGGCAAUGAGCAUUUAUUAAGUGCUUACUGUGUGCCUAAAUGCUGGGGAUAGAAAUACAAGAAGAAAGAACCAGAGUCCCUGUCCUCAGUGAGCUUAUAUUCUAAUGGGGGAAGACGAUACUUAAAAGUAGCUAUCGAGAAGAAGGAAGGUGCCCAGUCCAGAGAUCUGAGGGAAAGGGGCAGCUAGGUGGCACAAUGGAUAGAGCACCAGCCCUGGAUUCAGGAGGACCUGAGUUCAAAUCCGGCCUCAGACACUUGACACUUAUUGGUUGUGUGACCCUGGGCAAGUCACUUAACCCAAUUGCCUCACCAAAAAAAAAAAAGAAGAAGAAGAAGGCAAUGAAGCCAUCUCCAGAACGGAGGCACUGGCAAGGGGCUCGCCAAUGGGAGUCCUCAUUCCACUCUGGAACAGCUCCCGUUCUGAGCAUGUUCCUCUUUGUAACUGGUUCUGCCUUCUUGGCCAUGGCAUCCCUUCAGAGAAUUAGAGACACUUCUUGUGCCUCUCUAGGUCUUCCUCUCUCCAGGGUCUUCACCAUCCUACAGCACUGUCUUUCUUAAAUGUGGUACCACAAGAGUGGCAUGACCUGGACAGUUCGGAGGAACACUCCCCCUCUUCCUGGAAGCUAUGCCCUCUCAGGCCAGCCCAGGAACAAUUAGCCCCCCCUCAUAUUUAUGAUUCAUAUUGAACUUGCAGGCCCCUGAAAACCCUUGUUUGUUUUUUAACAAACCCUAACCAAGCCCUCUCCUCUUUUUGUCCUUGUGAAGUUGAUUUUUUUUUACUUCAUUUUUUAAUUUCUCUCUGCAAUCCACUUCCUGAAUCUCAGGACUUUUUUUUUAAAUAUAUAUGUAUUUAUUGAAUAUUUUAUUUUCCCUCAUGACAUGUAAGAACAAUUUUUACAUUAUUUUUUUAAAUUGUUGAGUUCCAAGUUCUCUCCUU